AUGGGUUACCCACUGGGCUACCGGCUCGCGGUGAUCUGUCAGGUAGCCUUGGUGGGAUUGGUCGGAGUUGACCUUUACUAUACCCAACGGUUGCAAGAGGACAUUGGGUUGUUGCGGUUGCAGGUCAGGGCAUUGGACUUCACACCUGAGCGCUCCCAAGACCCCGAGGAGGAUCCUCCCACUUCAGGUGGACAGCCUUGGUCUUCGCGGCGCAAGCCGGAGGCUGAAGCCAAGGUUCUGGUGGGAUUUGAUCAUCGGGGCCAGUUGAGUUUGGGACAGUUGUUUACAUUGCUGUUGAUCUUGCUUGCAGGGCUCAUUGCAUUGGGUUGGUUGACCUUUGGCCGACAGUGUUCAAAAGCAUUGACAGAGGGUAGCAGUUCGCCCUUACAGAAGCGUGACUUGGCUCAGAGGCAGCUGGCGGAACUACGGCUUCGUCGGUCUACGCCUUGCCUGCCUGGACAGCGAACGAUUUGCACAACCUCCGGGAGGAAGGUCGCAGAGUUGCUGAGGAGGAACGUCGUGCGAUGGCUGGUGGUGCUGGUCCUUUGGCGGCAGCCGCCGCCGCGGGGGCUCCGGUUGUUGCGGGGGGCCGCGGCAUCCACCAAGAUCGACCCGGUUGAAGGCUACGAGGCUGGAACCCUGAAGUGGCUGGAUUAUUUCAAUUUUUUGCAGAGGCCAGCAAGGUGUGACCCCAGGGUGCUGCCGGUCGAGUUGAACCCUAUUGGGCAUCCGGAAAGGACUUUGAAGGAGGUCGCAUCCAUGGGCGCUGAAAGCAAAGUGAGGUGGGAGCUGGCCGGUCCACGUACCAGCAAAUGGUGUGUGAACUAUUUGGCCAUCGAGAACCUUGGCUUCGAGGGGCACCAUGAGAGACUCCGACAAGUCACAAAGGCUGAUGCAAGUAGUUGGGGAAUUCAGGAGCACUUCCAGGUCAGCAUGGCCCUACGCCAGGCCCUCCUUGUCGACCAGCUUGACCCCUACAACCUGUUGAGCAUUGAAAUACAAUUCAGGCGGCUCCAAACCAUCGAGUACUCUUACAGCGAGAAGGCAAGGGAUUUGGAGGCAAAGGCUGUGGGUGGGCGGUUGAGUUUAGAAGAGCAGACCACUUCUGGAGGCAUUACACGACAGUACAGUAUAUUGAUGAUUUGCCCCCAGUUGUUGGAUCACGUCAAGAUCGAAACCGAGAAGGAGGCCAACCUGGCCAAGAACUUGCGGAAGGUGCAGCAGAAGUCAGGCCUUGCAGCUGCUGCCAUACCUUCAGAGGCCGUGCAAGUUCGGGAGGUGGACAGAGACAUCUUUCCACUGCCAAGAGUUUUGAAUUCAAGACCACCCUUGGGUCUUUUCUCGCGGAAAAGUCAGCAGAGGAUUGGCCGGAGGAGGCAUUUUGAGCAGGAGGUGGAUCACACAGUGGAUGCCCUCAACACUAUGUAUGGAAGGCCCUUGAGGAGCUUCGGGUUGCUGAGGGGUACGAUGACUUGCCGACUUCGUGCCCCCCUUGGAUCCUUCAAUCCUGACCUGGUCUCAUUGCCAUCUGAGGGCAUGAAUCCCGCGCCUUUGGAGUGUUUGUGGGGCGAGGGCGGGCAACAAGAGGUGGAGGAUUUCACCGUUCACCAGACGCUGUGCAUAGCAGAAGCUCGCGAGCGUCUAGACCAAUGUGGCCUCAGCAAAUGUUAUGAAGACCCGCAAUUCAGAGACCGAAGAAAAUACGCCAGCUUCUUGCACAGACUGUUGGACCUAGGCCUCAUCACCCUUGGUUUGGAGCCGGCGGUUGAGACGGUGGGUAUUUUCUUUGUGAAGAAGAAAGGUGGCAAACUUAGGAUGAUCUUGGAUUGCAGGCGGAGCAACUGCCAUUUCAGUACACCUGAGAACAUCAAACUUGCCACCGGGGAGAGCAUGAGUCGCAUGGAGUUGAAAUCACAUGGACAAUUGUUCACAGCCAGUGCAGACCUUCAGAAUGCUUUUUACACCAUGGCCAUGCCCAGCACACUUCAGAAGUUUUUUGGCCUGCGCAAGGUGCAAGCUGGAGAGCUAGGGGUUGCAGAGGUUGCUGGCUUGAGACUACAGCCCACCUCUUGGAUCUACCCCCGCAUUGCAGUGAUCCCCAUGGGUUGGUCUCAUGCUAUGUGGUGGUGCCAGAGGAUAAGCGAACGCAUUUGUGAAAGGUCAGGACUGCUUCCAUCUGAGAGGCUGCGUGAUGGACAGCCGCCACCUCAGGGAACCUUCUUCCACGUCCAGUAUGUCGAUAACCUCCACAUUUUUGGAAACGACAAAGAGGAAGUGGAGACAAGGUUCUGGAAAGCAGUCGAGGCCCUAAGAGCGGCUGGACUUACAGUACAUGAGAUAGAAGUGGCUGAUGGCUCAAGCAAGGUCCUUGGUUGGGAAAUUGAGGACGGAGGCUACCUGGCGCCGUCCUUGAGUCGGCUUUGGAGAUGUCGCUUGGGCAUCCGUGAGUUGCUACGACGGGGCCGUGCCAGUGGCCAACAGCUGGAGCGAUUGAUCGGGCACAUGACAUUCGUAUCACUUUGUCGGCGUGAAUCCCUCUCAGUCUUGGGAGAUUGUUACACCUUCAUCCAGCGCAACUAUACCCACAGCGCAAACUUGUGGAAAAGUGUUCGCAGAGAGCUUUGGCAGUGGGAUGGUAUAGCGCCUCUCAUACGGGUCAACAUGAAGCUGGUUUGGGGGGACACCAUCUAUGCCGUCGAUGCUUCCGAUUGGGGACUUGGGGUAGUUAGCAGUACAGUUGAACCCAGUUUUUCACAACAGCUUGGUCGCUAUGUGGAGAGGUGGCGUUUCAAAGACGAUGGCUGCAACAACCCCAGGUCGUUUGUGCAAGUUGAGGGGGAGCUUGAAGGUGUUCACCAUGCACAAGAUGAAGGUUCAAAUCCAUCCCUCCGUUUCAAGGGGGUGCCUUUCACCGCUGUGGAUCGCACCUGGCAGGUGGUGGGCCGAAAGCGCUGGCAAAGAGAAGAGACGAUGCCCGUGUACGAGGCCCGGGCCACCCAGUAUGCUGUCAGACACAUCUUGAGGAGUCAGAAGAAUUUUGGUAAGAAGUUCAUUGUACUCACUGAUAGCAUGACAGCUGCUGUUUCUUUUGACAAGGGCCGUGCGCAGAGUUUUAGGAGGUACAGAGAGAUGUGGCAGAGCUUUGUCCAGUGGAGUGCAGGCCAAGUGCGACAGACCAUGACAUGGACCCAACUGGACAGACACCUGAGCAAUUACCUCGAGGAGCUUUACCUCGAGGGAGAAGACCUGAGCCGAGCAAACUAUGUGACUGCUGCCGUGAUUUUCCAUGUGCCGGGAACCAAAGGCCUGGCAGCCCUUCCGAGGGCCCAACAGGCCAUGAAGGGGUGGCGGAAGCUCUGCCCACCUCGAAGCCGGAUGCCCAUCCCCUACGAGGCCAUCUGUCUGGUGGCCAACAAGGCGAUGGACUUGGGUCAGCGCGAGAUUGCAUUGGUUUUGAUGAUGACAUUUCUCUUGUAUUUGAGGCCUGGCGAGGCCUUCUCCCUCAGAGUCCGAGAUUUGGUCUUGCCGUUGAGACGAAGCGGCAAGGCCUUCAAAGACCAUGCCAUUCUGCUCCAUCCGCUGGAGGCAGCAAACCAGUUGAGAGAGAUCUCAGGCAUUCAAACUCGGGGUCGCUGGUUGACACAGAAGUCCAUGAAGAAUUACGAGAAAGGGGGGCGCCUGCAACAGCUGUUUGGAAGCCUCAGCAAGCGCCUCUUUUUCACUCAAAAAGAGGCGCUUCAGGUCUCAGACGCCUUGUCUGCUUUGGAUGCUGCAGCUCAAGCUGCCACCCAGACGCUGAGUGGUGCGAAGACCUUCGUGGGCGUCAAGAAACUGGCAGCGCGGCGCUUGGGCGAAGGCUCCAAGAAGGCUGCAGAGGAACAGCUCAGUGGAGUUGUUACACGCCUGGACGAGAUGACAAAGGCACUGUCGGACAGCAAGAGAGCCAUGAACGAGCGGAAGCAGGACCUGGUGAAGAAAGAAGUGGAGGGAAAAGUCAUGGAGGCAGAGAAAAAGGUGAAAGCCGCCGAAGAGGCCAUUGCAAAUCUGGAAAACCUCAGUCAAAACGGCCAGUCUGCAGAGGCAGAGGAGACCAAGCCAGAAGGAGACUCCCUCGGCGCCGAUUUCAUGAAGUCCUCGUGCGAGAAGGCUGGUGAAGCCCAGACUGAAGCCAGGAAUAUUGUCACGUCGGCUCAGAAGCUGCUGCUCUCCAGGCAACGCGAUGUGAAAAAUGGAAGUGGACCUCCAUCUGUGUUGGAGGAGAUCAACAAACAGCUCGAGCAGCUGGCGAAGAUGCUCGCAACUUUGGACAAACAGAGGGGUGCCAUCAAAGAGCAGGAGCACAAAUUUGUGGCUCAACGCUUGCUGAAAGAUGCAUCUGACCAGAUCGCAAAACUGGAGAAGAUGCUCAACAACACCUCCCAAAGGGCAGCUGAAAUGACCGAGGACGGCGGAAUGACGAGCGUAGUCUUUUUGUCGCAUGCUGUUGACAGCUUGAAGCUGCUGAUGCAGAAGUCUGAAAAGACUCCCAAGGAGCUUUAUGCAGACCUCAGCGGUGGCAAAGAGCAUCUAGACGAGGCCACAUUCCUCACAAAGCUGAAGUCGGUGGAGGAGAUGGCGCCUGAAGACAUGACGCUCUCAGAGGAGCAGAUCAAGUUGGCCUUCAAGUGCUUCUGCGCGGGGGAGGAGGCCGUGACCGAGUCGAGAUUUCUCGAUGAGUUCCGCACGCGAUAUCUUUGUACCGCACCGGUCACCAUGACGGAUGGCUUGGUCAUCAAAGGCGGGAAGACCGUUCGAAAGGUCGACGUCAACGAAGUCUUGGAAGGCUUGGAGGAGCAAAAGAAGGAGGAGACCUUGGGCCUGAUGAGAGUGAAGGUUAAGGCUGAAAAGGACCAGAAGGAAGGAUAUGUUACAGUGGCCGGAAACCAGGGAACAGUGUUCCUGGAAGGAUACACGGCAUAUGCUGCCUUCCAAAAGAGUUUAGAACAGGAGCUGAAGAGCUUGCAGGAUGAAGCGAAAGAAGUCACCAAGUACAUUGAUGCUAAGGUGGAGGAGCUGCGAACGGUUCGCGCUGGACCGCUGCACGAGACCAAAGCAGAGUUGGUGAAGAUGAAGCCCAAAGUGGUCAAGGUUCAGCAGGGCUACACGGACCUCAAAAAGAAGGUCUCUCAGGCUGAGACGAAGCUGCAUGCAGCCAUAGAGGAAGAAAAGAAGCGAAGGCUCGAAGCUGCGGACCGAAAAGCAGCUGCAGAUUUAGUGCAGGAUGUAGUGAAGUUGGCCACUGCUCAAGAGACAAACCUGGCGAAGGUCUUCCCUGUGGCGGAAGGUCUUAUUUUUCCUCAAGGUGACACGGAGAAUUCCAUUGCAGACAUCGACAGUUGCUCAAAGGACUUAAUAUCUGCGCAGGAGUCUUUGAGUGUCACCACUACAAAGAUCAGAGAAAAGAUGGAGACGAUGAAGGGCCAAAUGGCCAAAGGACCUAUGAGCGAGGCAAAGAAUAGCCUGGUCAAGCUGAAAGUCAAGGUCGGAGCCAUGGAGAACAAAUGCAAAAAACUUCUGCAGGGUCUCAAGAGUGCCCGGGAAGAGAUGUCAGUGAAAGCAGAAGAUGCGCUCUUGAGCGCAUUGAGAACUCAUGUCAGACAGCAGGGCUUGAAGGCUGAUGAGCUCUUCAAGCAGCUGAGCAAAGGAGAGGAAGAGAUCAAACAGCCCGCGUUGAAAGAAUUUGUGGAACGAAUUCCUGACUCGCCGCUCAAGGCAAGCCAGCUGGAUGUGGCCCUGGACCGCUUUGCCUCCGGGCUGUCGAAGCUAGCCGUCUUGGAGCUGGCGCAGGAGUUUCAGAAGUGUGUGAAAGAGGUGGCACUCACUUCAGCGCUUGAAGUCAAAGACGGCAAAACCGUCCGAAAGCUGCUGAAGGGCGAGGUCCUUGAGGUGCUCGAAGUGGGCCGUGUUGAUUCUUCCACUGGCCUGUCACGCUUGCGGUGCAGAGCUACCGUGGACCUCAAGGAGGGCUGGGUCACGUCACAGGGCAAUGCCGGCAGCAACUUUCUGGAACGCUGUCGAAAACCCUACUACUGCUGUGAAGAUGAGUCUCCAUUGCAAAGCGCUUUCGACUCCGACAGCGACACCCUGAAGUCGCUGCAGCCGGGCGAAGUCUUAGAGUUAUUGGAGGGACCUCGGAAGGAGGAGCCUCCGGAAGUCAUGCGGAUGCGCGGCAAGGCAAGCAAGGAUGGCAAGUCUGGCUGGGUGACCUUCAAAGAUUCCUCCGGCAAGGAAUGCUUCAAGCUCGUGAAACUUCUGGUGUGUAAACAGAGCAUCGCCCUGACGACCACCUUUGACAUUGCCAACGGGAAGGCUUUACGAAAGCUUGAUGUUGGAGAGGCACUAGACAUCUUGGAGGGCCCCAAUGAGGACUCCGCCAGAAGUCUCAGCCGCGUCAAAGUAAUGGCCAAGAGAGACGGGAAGGAAGGCUGGGUAACCGUCAAAGGAAAUCAAGGAACUUCUUACACUGAGGAGUCGGAUAGGCACUACGUUUGCACUGAAAGCGUCCUGCUUGAAAGCAAGUUUGCCUCCGGCAGCCAAGAAGUUCGAAGGAUAGAGGAAGGAGAGGCCUUUGAGGCUUUAGAAGAAGCCAAGCCAGAGAAGAAGGAUGGCUUGGAGAGAUGCAGAGGGAGGAUGUUGGCAGAUGGCACUGAGGGGUGGUUCACUGUGACGACGAAGUCCUUUGUGCCGUGGUCGCCGACCUACAAAUGCAUCUCGAGCACCGUCCUCAACGAUGGCGCAGAGAUCAAAGAGGCCAAGGCGCUUCGCAAACUGGAGCCCGGCGAGAUAGUUGAAGCGGUUGACACUCCGAUCUUUGAGAAGUCGGCAGGACUUCUUCGACUACGACUACGGUCCCCAAAGGAUAACCUCAUUGGGUUUGCGACGGUUCGGGGGAAUCAAGGCACUGUGCUGUUGCAACCAGUGCUGGAUGAUGCGGAGAAAAAGCCUGCUGCGAAGUCCGCAGCAAAGCAGGCGGAGAAGAAGGCCUGAGAUCAAGGUAGGCGGUGAGCCUUCCCUGGGCCAAUGCAACUACAGAAGCUGCCUGAGCCAGCCGAAGGUGCACAUGCAACCAGGACCCUAGCAGCCCUAGCAACCAGGCCCUCCGGUCACCCAGGUCAUCCCGCACCCCAACCUCGCAACAAG